ACGUCGACGUUACUCCGCGAUCUUUUGUGGUUCCUUGUUGGUUUCCUCGUUUUUGUUUACAUUUUAGUUUGUUUAAAAAAUGUUAUAGACUUCUGUUCGAUCCGUUGGAAUUGUCUAGUGUUGGACGUGUGCGGUUUCUACAUCGAAAAUGAAAAACGCAAAAGUCAAAGCCAGACAAUGUGUGGAGCGUUUUGGAGAUCAAGGGGGAUACUUCGAUGUUGUGGUACGUCCAAUGUUGCAACAGGGACAUGAGGGAGAAUUGUGUGGAUGGUUGAAAGAAAUGAGUUUGAUUAGAACCGUCUCCAAUUGCCCUCAUCCAGAAUGUAAAGGAAGGAGUUUGGCUUGGAACCAAGCAAGAAUUGUAGACAAGUACAGUUGGUCCUGCCCCAAUUGUGCCAGGAAACAAUCUAUAAGAGAGAAUUCUUUUUUCUUUGGUAUCAAAUGUGACCUGAAAAUGUGCCUUCAGCUGAUAUUAGGAUGGUGUCAAAUGAUACCUAGUGAACUUACUGCCAAUUACUUAGAAGUAAAGAAACAUGUAGUUAAGAAAGUAUACGAGAGGUGUGAUGAGGUCUCUGAAAAUUAUGUAGCAACUCAUCCCCAAGAUUGGGUUCUUGGUGGUCAAAGUGCAAUACUAAUUGUGGACGAAUUUCCUAACGGUUAUAUGACACAGAAUCCUUCUGAUGUAACCACUGCUAAGAAACGCAAUAACAAUUCCCAUACAAUUGUCUGCAUUGCAGAGGCAAACACUGUGCCAACUCGUAUGUGGUUACACAUGAUUGAAGCAGUUCCAGAGCCGAUUAAAAUGGAGAAGUCCCAAGGAGAAGUUGAUAAAUGCAAUAUGGUCAAGGAAGCUCUUAAGGAAAUUACAAAACACAGUGCUCCAGGUAGUUAUAUUGUGGCAAAUAAUCGAGCUCGGUGCUGCAGCUACGAAUUGUUGCGAGAACUGAAGGAAUACAAGGUGAUUAGUGUAGAACAUCUGCAAAAAUUUGAUCCACCUGGUAAAAAUAAACUUUUCAGCAACUUAGAAACAAUCUGGCAAACCAGUGUUGAAAUUUGUGAAGAAAUUCAAGAAACUACUCACAAUCUGGGACAACGUAUAAUCGCCAAACAUUUGUGGAGGCAGAGAUUUGGUACGUCUCCUUCCAUGGCAUUUCAGUAUAUGCUUAAUCACAUUGCAGAAUGUUACCGUUUUGUCUGA